AUGCUCUCGAGAAGAAGUUGUCUGUACCUGCAAAAAAGGGCCAUCUCCGGUACCAAAGCUGCAACUACUACUCCUUCGCAGCCUAAAAGACGCAGAAAUACUACAUUUUCAGACGCUUUGAACAAAGGGCCCUCUUUUGAAGAUUUCGUGAACGGGAAAGCCGCGCAGGUAGUACUAGAUCCUCUGCAGCAGGCUAGGAGCAAUGUGGAAGAAGCCAAAAGACUUCCUAAAUGGCUUAAGGUUCCCAUUCCAAAGGGAACGAGCUUUCACCAGCUGAAAAAGGACGUGCGCGAAUUGGGGCUUACCACUGUGUGCGAGGAAGCCAAAUGUCCCAAUAUCAGCGAGUGCUGGGGUGGAGAUGACAAAGCCAAAGCUACCGCCACCAUCAUGCUUCUCGGUGAUACCUGCACUCGUGGUUGUCGGUUCUGUUCAGUAAAAACCAACAGGACGCCAGCAAAGCCGGAUCCCAUGGAACCAGAGAACACUGCCGAGGCCAUAUCUCGUUGGGGUCUUGGUUACGUUGUGCUGACAACAGUUGAUAGAGAUGACUUGCCUGAUGGCGGUUCCCACCAUUUAGCUGAGACGGUACGGAAAAUCAAACAAAAGGCUCCCAAAAUUCUGGUCGAAACUUUGUCUGGAGAUUUCAGAGGUGAUCUGGACAUGGUCAAAGUCAUGGCUCAGAGCGGACUUGACGUUUACGCACACAAUCUAGAAACUGUGAGAGACCUUACUCCCCAUGUCAGAGACAGAAGGGCCACAUAUGCACAAUCGCUGAGCGUACUAAACCAUGCCAAAAAAUCGGUUCCCACCUUACUUACAAAGACAUCGCUAAUGCUUGGACUGGGUGAAACCGAUGAGCAAAUUCUACAAACUUUACGAGACUUACGUGCCAUCGACUGUGACAUUGUGACAUUUGGGCAAUACAUGAGACCUACCAAGAGACACAUGAAAGUGGUGGAAUACGUCAAUCCAGAAAAAUUUGAAUAUUGGAAAACAAAAGCACUUGAACUAGGAUUUUUAUACUGUGCAUCGGGACCAUUGGUUAGGUCGUCCUACAAAGCUGGCGAGGCUUUUAUCGAAAAUGUUUUGAGGAAAAGACGUACUCAAUAA